AUUCCACUGCACACCACUGUCCCCUGAUUUUCCCGCGUGCCCAUAAUUCCACACGGCUUUCAUUGACGGGACUUUUGCUUGAAGCCUUGAACAUGGAAAAGUCGACGGAGCCAUGCCAUGGGCAUCCAUCCCCGCUACCCAUUUCCUCAUCAAAAAUACAUCUUUUUUUGAAGAGAUCAAUAACACAUCUGAAGUCUGAACCAGAUCAUGCUUUUGAUUUUGCAUGAAAACUAAUACUACUACGCCCCCAAGAGGAAGAUUGCCUAAUUCCUCUAAAGGCUACAGUUACCUUGGCUACUAAUUUCCAGCAACCAUGAUUUCACCCUCCUCCAACCUCUCCUCGGCCAUCCUGAUUUCAUUCCUUCUCACGCUUCUUCACUUUCUCAGCCUCGGCCCCACAUCCAAAGCCACCCCAACUUACAGUGCCAUCCUAUGCCCAAACAGCAGCACGUAUUCCCCAAGCAGCACCUACGAAACAAACCUCAACUACCUCCUCAUCGCCCUCUCCAACGCUGACCCUGAUGGCUUUUUCAACUACACCGCCGGAAAAGGACUUCCCGACCCAUCCUACGGCCUCUUCCUCUGCCGCGGCGAUCUUUCCUCCACCGCUUGUGACGACUGCGUGACCGCUGCUAGUACCGAGGUUUUACGAAGGUGCCCCCAGUUGAAGUCGGCCUCGAUCUGGUACAACGAGUGCAUGCUGCGUUACUCCGACACCUAUAUCUUUUCCGCCGUGGAUAUAACUUACAACGUCAUGUUGCCCGGGGCGGAAAACGUCACUGAGCAGCCGGGACUGUUUAGCGAGUCGCUGAAAAAGUUAAUGGGCGAGUUAUCGACUCGGGAUUCUUUGAAAACCCAGUUGGGAUAUAAGAAAUUCGCCACUGGAGAACUCAAUUUGACGGCGAAUCAGACGUUGUAUGGGCUAUUGCAAUGCACACCGGACAUAACUAGCGCAGAUUGCGACAGAUGUAUAACGGCGGCUGUCUCGAAUUUGUGGAAUUGCUGUGACGGAAAACAUGGGGGGAGAGUUCUGUAUACGAGUUGUAAUGUGAGGUAUGAGACGAACCAGUUUUACUCACUUGACGCCCCUCCAACACCGCUGGCGCCACCUCUGCCACUGCCUCCCCCUCCGCCGCCUCCCCCUACUUCAGGAAAGGGGGGAAUCUUAUGGCGAGUACUUGUCGGUGUUGCUGGCCCAAUUGGUGUCAUCGGAUUCUGUUUCCUUUGUAGCAAGAGAAGGAAGAAAUAUUUCACUAGUAAACCACUUGCUAGUAAGGAUGAAAUUACAACAUUACGGUCGUUGCAAUAUGAUUUGAGCAUGAUUCGAGCUGUCACAAACAACUUCUCCGAUGAUAACAAAAUUGGUAUGGGUGGAUUUGGUCCCGUCUACAAGGGCACACUUCCAAAUGGACAAGAGGUAGCUCUGAAGAGGCUAUCUAAAAACUCACGACAAGGUGUACAACAAUUCAAAAAUGAGGUGGUAUUGAUAGCACAGAUCCAGCAUGCAAAUCUAGUGAGGUUACUUGGAUUUUGCUCGGAAGAAGAAGAAAAGAUACUCAUCUAUGAAUUUCUGCCCAACAAAAGCCUCGACAAGUUCCUAUUUGAUUCACAAGAACAAGAGAAGUUGGAUUGGCCACAACGUUACAAGAUCAUACAGGGGAUAGCUCAGGGGAUGCUCUAUCUUCAUGAAUAUUCCAGACUUCGAAUUAUACAUCGGGAUCUUAAAUCUGGUAAUAUUUUAUUAGAUGGGGCUAUGAAUGCAAAAAUUUCAGAUUUUGGCAUGGCUAGGAUCUUCGGUGUGGAUCAAACUCAAGCAGUUACAAGUCGAGUUGUUGGAACAUAUGGUUACAUUUCUCCGGAGUAUGCAAUGCAUGGACAGUUCUCCGUGAAGUCUGAUGUGUUUAGCUUUGGUGUCGUACUUUUGGAAAUCAUUUCUGGCAAAAAGACCAAUAGCUUUUACAACCCCGAUUGUGUUGAGAACCUUCUGAGCUAUGCUUGGAAACUCUGGAAAGAUGGAACACCCUUGGACUUGAUGGAUCCAGCUUUGGAAGGGUCUUAUUCAAGAAAUGAAGUCAAUCGAUGCAUCCAUAUCGGCUUGUUGUGUGCCCAACCCAAUCCAGAUGCGAGGCCCUCCAUGGCAAAGGUAGUUCGGAUGCUCAACAGCUAUUCCACCAUGUCAUUACCUCAACAACCUGCAUUCUUUGCUCGGAACAGAACAACCUCAAGCGCACUCCAAGGCCUUGAGCCGGACCGGCCUAUAGACAAGCCGAUGACAUUGCCUGUGAAUGAAGAAUCAAUUGCUGAACUAGACCACAGAUAACAUGAGAAGUUAAAGGCCAAUUUGAAGAUUGUCAAGUGUAUCUAUUCCUCCUUUAUAAUUAUCGGGAAAGCUUUGUUGAUUGUUUACAUCAACUCAAUACUUGUUUUGGCUCUGUAUCUCAUAGAAAAAGAACAUUGCAGUGUUCUUUGGUAGAUUUUUUCUGUAAAAAUUGAUUUGUGCAUGUAUUGCUUUACUGCUUCUUGAUUUGUUACAGAGUUAUGUAGUUUCUUGCCUUUUUUUGAUC